GUCUCCAUUUGAAACCUUCACCAGUUUCUUCUGGUUCCUUUUUCAUAAACCAUUUCUCUCUCUUUCUAGAACUCUCUGUUCUCUUUAUCUCUUAGCUUCUGUGUUAAAGGGCCGACUCCGGGCUUAUUCUCGAACUGGCUAACUCAGAGGAAAUACUGGAAGAAUCAUCAAGAAAGAACCAAGAGGUGGUUCUUGCCCUCUAUGAGGCCUUAAGAUCUCGAGACGUGGACACUGUUGAAAAGAUCCUCGCCUCCGACCUCGAGUGGUGGUUCCAUGGCCCGCCGUCUCACCAGUUUAUGAUGCGCCUUCUCACUGGUACUGACACCGUAUCAUCAGGAAAAGUUGGAAAAAGCUCCACUGGUUUUGAGUUCAACCCGGAGGUCAUCAGGGCCUUUGGAUCGAUCGUGAUUGCUGAAGGCUGCGAUUCUAGCCGCGCCAUUUCUUGGGUUCACGCUUGGACCGUCACGGAUGGGAUAAUUACCCAGGUGCGAGAGUACUUCAAUACUUCUCUUACUGUUACUCGUCUUGGAAACCAAGAUCAAUCAGAGCCUUCUGAUUAUUCAUCUCCGUCUUCAUCGUCAUCUUCAUCGGCGGAGAUAACUCCCGUGCAUUGCCCGUUCGUUUGGGAGAGCAGUCUCUCCAAUCGGGUCGGGAAGUCAGUGCCGGGUUUGGUGUUGGCAAUUUAGCCAAAAUUAGCCUUCUCUGUUCCUGAUCAAGUGCAGUCGUUAUUAUUAUAUUAUAGUAUCGGAAUAAAGAAAACGCUGCACGUGUCUCUCGUAUCCGAACAGAGAUGUGAGUCAUUAAGGGCUUGUUUGUUUGGUUUGAAAUCUGCUCCUUUUGUGUGUUUAUGUGUGGAGCCAUGAUGGUGAGAGCUAGUGGUUCAAUUGUUGAAGUGCCUAUGUUUGUAAUUUGGUGUCCAUAUUGCAUAAUAAAGUUGUGCUAUUGUGCUUUUCUUA